AUGUUCCCACAGUCUGGAGGGAAUUCUCUGGUGUUUGAUAGUUUUCCAGAUCCAUCACACACCUGGGAGAUCACAGAGACGAUUGGAAUAGGAACUUAUGGCAAAGUCUACAAAGUGCUAAAUAAGACUGAUGGCAGUGAGGCAGCUGUCAAAGUGCUGGAUCUCAUUCAUGAUACUGAUGAAGAGAUUGAGACAGAGUACAACAUCCUGAAAGCCCUGUCUGAUCAUCCAAACGUGGUUAAGUUCUAUGGCAUGUUCUACAAGAACGAUGGUACUAAUUGUGACCAGCUCUGGUUGGUUCUUGAGCUUUGUAAUGGGGGAUCAGUGACUGAUCUAGUAAAAAGAACGCUAAAAAGAGGAACUCUGAUGGAUGAACCCAUUAUUGCAUACAUCGUACAUGAAGCACUUAUGGGCCUACAGCACUUGCAUGAAAACAAAACCAUCCAUCGUGACAUAAAAGGAAACAACAUCCUUCUGACCACUCAGGGAGAGAUCAAGCUGGUUGACUUUGGUGUAUCAGCACAGCUAACCAACACCCGUCUAUGCAGAAACACCUCAGUAGGAACACCAUUCUGGAUGGCACCUGAGGUAAUAGCGUGUGAGCAGCAGUUAGAUUCUGCAUAUGACGCCCGGUGUGAUGUCUGGUCUCUUGGCAUCACCGCCAUUGAACUGGGUGAUGGGAACCCACCACUUUCGAACCUUCAUCCCAUGAAAGCGCUUUUUAACAUCCCACGAAAUCCUUCACCGACUCUGCAGGAGCCAGCUAUCUGGUCUGAUCAGUUCAACAGUUUCAUAUGCAAGUGUCUUAUUAAGGACUUUGAGUUGCGGCCAAAUGUUCAGGAUCUGCUCGAGCAUCCUUUCAUUAAACAGGUCUCAGGUCAAGUGGAACCUCUACAGAAACAGCUGAAGGAGCUUAUAGAACUCAGUCAGCGGAUAGAAGUUAUUGAGAAAACCAGGUACAAGAGGAUCCACACUAAACAAGGCAGCAUCAUGUCUCAGAACGAGGAAGUUGAUAUUCAAGACCUGACAGUCCUGGAAGCCCUUGAUGAAGAUACAGUAACAGAGCAACUGCAGAAGCGUUACGAGAAGGAUCAGAUUUAUACAUAUGUGGGAGACAUCCUUAUCGCACUCAAUCCCUUUCAAACCAUAGAUCUCUACACUCAAGAGCACAUGGAUACGUACAAUGGAGCCAAACGCAAUGAAAACCCUCCUCACAUAUUUGCUGUUGCUGACACCGCCUACCAGUCCAUGGUGUCCAACAACACUGAUCAGUGCAUUGUGAUCAGUGGAGAAAGUGGAGCGGGGAAGACGGAAAGUGCUCACCUCCUCGUCCAGCAGCUUAGUGUACUCGGCAAGGCAGGUAAUCAGACCCUGCAAGAGAAGCUCCUGCAGGUAAACAACCUUGUAGAGGCAUUCGGUAAUGCCCGUACAGUUAAUAAUGAUAACUCCAGUCGCUUCGGCAAAUAUCUGGAGAUGAAGUUUACAAGUGGAGGAGCUUUGGUGAGCUCCCAGAUCUCUGAAUACCUGCUAGAAAAAUCCCGUGUUGUUCAACAAGCUGGUGGAGAGCUUAAUUUUCAUGUUUUCUACUACAUUUACACUGGUCUGGCUGAAAAAAAGGAGCUUGCCCAGUACAAGCUAUCUGAAGAUAAAAUACCAAAGUACCUCAAAAACGAAAAUAUUGAGCUUGUUCCUGAUGUAAUUGGGAAUGCCUCUUACAAGGAGCAGUUUGAGGCAGUGGAGCAGUGUUUCAACGUGAUUGGCUUCACCACUGAGGAAAUAGCGAGUGUGUAUAGCAUUGUUGCUGCAAUCGUAAACGCUGGAGAAAUCGACUUUGAGUCAGUGGCUACCGAACAUCAGCCUGAUAAAAGCAACAUAUCUAACAUGCCUGUCCUGGACAGUGUCGCAUCUCUACUGUGCAUCAGUCCGGAUGAGCUGAAUGAGGCACUUACCCUACAUUGUGUGGUGGCCCGAGGGGAGACCAUUAUUCAACCCAACACAGUGGAGAAAGCCACAGAGGUGCGAGAUGCUAUGGGCAAAACUCUGUACAGACACCUGUUCAGCUGGAUCGUCAGUCGCAUUAACUCUCUGCUCAAACCUGAAAAUCAGAAUGGAGAGGAAGAGAAGGAGCUAACCACCGGCAUCCUGGACAUCUUUGGCUUUGAGAACUUCACACGCAACUCCUUCGAGCAGCUGUGCAUCAACAUCACCAACGAACAGAUUCAGUUCUACUUCAAUCAGCACAUAUUUACCUGGGAACAGGAAGAAUACCAGAACGAAGGAGUGGAUGUAAAAUUGAUUCAGUUUGAGGACAACCAACCUCUGCUGGAUCUUUUCUUGCAGAAGCCGCUAGGCAUGCUAUCACUGCUGGAUGAGGAGAGCAGGUUUCCUCAGGCUACCGAUCAAACCCUUGUCAAAAAAUUUGAGGACAACCUGAAAUCUAAAAACUUUUGGAGACCAAUGAAGGUGGAUCCAGGCUUUGGAAUCACUCACUAUGCUGGAAAGGUGAUCUAUCAUGCUGAUGGCUUCCUGACGAAGAACAGAGAUGCUUUGCCUACUGACAUCAUCCUGCUGCUGAAAUCGUCCAAAAAUGAGCUGAUCAGCACACUAGUCACUAAUGCUCUCAAUAAAACAGGAAAACCUGAUAGCACUAAGGGGAAGGCAGCAGGAACAGCUGGGACAGCAGAACCGGAUGCAAAUGCUCCUCAACGCACUGUAAAGCUGAAUAUUCUGUCUGUGCAGGGUGAGGGCAUGGGAGAAGGCAUACAUCAUCCUCGAGAGACCACCAACAUGAGGAAUCAAACUGUCGCCUCCUACUUCAAAAAUUCCCUGAUGGACCUGCUUUGGAAGAUGGAGACAGCACAGCCUCACUUUGUCCGCUGUAUCAAACCCAACGAAGACAAGCAGGCACAGAAGUAUGACAGGGAGAAGGUUGUGACUCAGCUACGCUACACUGGCAUCUUGGAGACGGCUAAGAUCCGGAAACAGGGCUAUUCGCAUCGCAUUCUUUUCGCCAGUUUUGUUGAAAGAUAUUACACCCUGGCUUUUAAAGUGACUGAAGAACCAGCUGGGACUCCUGAAACAUGUUCAGCUAUUCUUGAGAAGUUGAAGCUGGAAAACUGUGUUUUGGGAAAGACAAAGGUCUUUCUGAAGUAUUAUGAUGUGGAGAACUUAAACCUGACGAUCAAGAAGAAUAUGGACCAUAUUGUGCUGGCGCAGGCAUGUGUGCGGGGUUGGCUGGCACACCGAAGCUACAAAAAGGUUAAGGAAAAGAGAGUGCAAAGUGCUGUAAUCAUACAGUCAGUGUAUAGAGGGUAUCUGGCGAGAAAGGAAUUUAAAAAGCUAAAAGAACAAAACACAGAAGAUACAAAAGAAGAUGCUCCAUCUUCAGAUAAAGAAUCUGCACCUGAUAAUACUGAAGAAAAGGUAGAGGAUGCAACAAAGGAACCCACAAUGGAUGAGAACAAAGCUGCCACAGUUAUCCAGAGCAACUACAGGGGGUAUAAAGAACGCAAAAGGCUUCAGGAGGAAGGGACGCUUCCAGCUAAUCGAAGAAAAGAAUCAAGCACCCAGACUGAGGACCAGGAGUUGGCUGCAGAGCCAUUAGUGGAAGAAAAGCCAGAGGAAACAGGAGAGGAAGGAGCAGAAAAUCCAACUGAAACGCCAGCAGAGGAAGAGAAAGCAGCAGAAGAUUCGAGCACCAGUGAAGCCAAUGAGACAACGGACCCACCACCUGAAAACCAGGAUGAUGCAGCAACAGAAGAAAAGCCAGCAGAAGAGCUGAGCACCGGUGAAUCAGAAGAAGCAGUAGAGUCACCACCUGAAGCUCAGGCAGAGGAGGAACAGACAGCAGAAGAAUCCAACACCAGUCAAGCAGAGCAGGAUGGGGAACCACCAUCUGAAGCUCCAGGAGCGGAAGAGAGUACAGAAGAGCCCAGCAGCAGUCCAGCAGAUCCAAAUGAGGAGAAAGCAGCCAUUGUUAUUCAGAGCAACUACAGAGGAUACAGAGAAAGAAAGAGACUUAAAGCAGAAAAAGAAGCAAACAAUGAUGGCACAGAACCCACUGCCGAAAACGGUGAAGAGGAGGAAAAGAAGGAAGGGAUCCCGGAUGCUCCAGAGCUGGAAAAUGGGGCUGGGGAGGAGCAGGGGCAAAAUGAUGAGCAAGCGGCACAAAAAGACGAGGAAGAAGAAGAUUUUGCUAAACAGGUAAGUACAAUGAGUCAAGACAAGCUGCAGGAGAAGCUGAACCAAAUCAUAAUGGCUCAUCAGAUCGAUCCUGAGAAAAAUGGCAUGUUUUCAAAAGGAACUCCCAUAACCAACUUUUCCCUGACUGAUCAGCAGAAUUCAGCAGCUGAUUUUGGUCAGUUGAGGACAUCUCGCCGAAGCCUACCAAAGGUGCUCAACAAUCCAGAGGACAUGGCUUGCUACAACAUUAUCCAUCGCUCUAUCCAAGAUGAAAAGAUUAAAUCAACAAUGCAAAGCAACUCUUUGUCCAGGACACCCUCAGAAGAAAUGGGGGAAGAUGGGGAAAGUCCUUAUGACUUCAGGAAGCUGCUGAGAAAAACCUCCCAAAGAGGAAGACUUAUUGAAGAUGAUUAG